UCGUUUUCAAAACAUGUAGGGACGUGAACGUUAGACAGGACAGCUGAGAGGUUUAGAUUCAGACCGGUUGCUCCUGAUCAAAGUGAAAAGAUCAUUUCCUGAAUUACUGUUGGUUAUUUGAUCAAGCUCGAGAAGGAGCACAUAUAAUGGAAAACAUAGCUACGAUAUCUUACAGCUUUAUCAGCUAAAUUUAGGUGAGAGUAGAGAUCGUUGUAAACUGGAUAAUACGAUACGUUUUUCAAUCAGGGGUCCUUUCUUCGGGAUGGAGAAUGAGGCUGCUUCCACCAAAGGAGAGGGCUUCCUCUCCAGAAUGGCCCUUAAUGACAACAAGGCUGGAAUGGAGGGUCUUAACAGGGACAAGAUUAACAAGAUCAUCAUGGAGACGUCCAAGGGAUCAAGGUUUUAUGAGAAUGAGCUAAAGCGAGAGCAGCAGGUGAACCAGCGCAUUGAGAAAAUGAUGCUACAAAAAGCACAGAUCACAGAGCAGCAGUUAAAGAAAGCACAAGCACAGGUGGAGAGGAUGGCCACAGAGCUGGAGAGGAGUCGUGAUCUAAGCCGUGUGAUUGUACAUGUGGACAUGGACGCUUUCUACGCUGCUGUGGAGAUGAGAGAUUGUCCUGAGCUGAAGGACAAGCCCAUGGCUGUAGGAUCCAUGAGCAUGCUGUCAACAUCUAACUACCACGCCAGGAAGUAUGGUGUCCGAGCGGCCAUGCCUGGCUUCAUCGCAAAGAAACUGUGCCCCAACUUAGUCAUUGUUCCGACUAAUUUUGAUAAAUACAGAGCUGUGAGUGAUGAGAUCCGAGAGAUUUUUGCAGACUAUGACCCUCACUUCCAGCCAGUGAGCCUGGAUGAAGCCUAUCUGGAUUUUACAGACCACCUGGAACAGAGGCAGAGCUGGCCAGAGUCCUCUCGUACACAUCGUUUCCGUGCCAGCAGCACCACUACAGGUGGGGGACAGAUUGAGCUUCAGGAAGCAGAGCCAGAGGUGAAAGACCUCUCUCCAGUCCUAUUUGAGGACAGCCCGAGCUCUUCUCCCUGCUUGCUGGGCUCUGAUGGUGUUGCUGCCACUGCAGGUGGUGGUGCUUUUGAGGUGUUUGGGACAUCUGUUGAGGAGGCUGUGAGAGAAAUGCGCUUCCGCAUUGAGCAGAAGACCAUGCUGACUGCCAGUGCAGGAAUCGCUCCAAACAUGAUGCUUGCCAAGGUGUGCAGUGACAAGAACAAGCCCAACGGCCAGUACAGACUCCCCCCCACCAGAGAGGCGGUGAUGGACUUUGUCCAGAAUCUUCCAGUUCGCAAAGUUUCUGGCAUAGGGAAGGUUAGUGAGAAGAUGCUAAAUGCUCUGGGCAUCAGUAGCUGUUCUCACCUUGGCCAGCAGAUGGCACUGCUGUCAUUGUUGUUCUCGGAUACAUCCCUGCAUCACUUCAUGCAGGUUUCCCUAGGUCUGGGCUCCUCAUAUAUACCAAGGCAUGAAGAAAGAAAAAGCAUGAGCACAGAAAGGACAUUUAAAGAGCUGAGUAAAGUGGAGGAACAGUUUUCUCUAUGCAGGGAUCUCUGUGAAGAUUUAGCAGAAGACAUGAAGAAAGAAGAUCUGAAGGGUAAAACAGUAACACUGAAACUGAAGAAUGUGAACUUUGAGGUGAAAACCAGGGCACUGACGCUGCCGCAUGCUGUUGCUACAGUGGAUGAGAUCUUUGCUGUUGCUAAGGACCUGCUGAAAGUGGAAAUAGAAAAUGAAAGCCCCCAGCCGCUCAGACUGAGGCUCAUGGGUGUGCGAAUUUCUGCUUUUGUCAGUCCAGAUGAUAAAAAGCCCCUGCAGAGGAGCAUCAUUGGCUUUCUUCAGCCAGGCAAGACAGACUCCAGCGGCUCUGUCCAAGGAAUGCAUCAAAAACCUGAGAAAGAUCAUCAUGUCCAAACCUGGACCCUUGCCCGUCCUCCCCUAACACAGAAGUGCCAGAAACAAGAGGAAGUUUCCUGGCGGAGCAAGUUGAGGGGGUUAGAGGGAGGCCAGACUAGUGAGGAACCCCAGCAGUCUUUCUUCCAAAGGGCCCAUGCCAAGAGAUUGCAACUUCAGGCAGCAAAUGCAAUUCCACAAGAAGAGGGACACAGGGAGAAUGACUCUGUGAUUGAGUCCAUAGGCUCUCAUGCUCAAAACUGUGUAGAGUCAUCAGCAAAAAAUCGCAAGAGCAUAGAUCUUUUAGAAAAUGACUUUGUUUCCUGUGAAGAGGCCCAGGCAUCCACAUCAGGCUGUGGUGGCACAGUGUCAGAGAGCCUCACCUGUCCGGUGUGUUUCAGGCAGGUGGAGACAACAGAUUUGAACGUCUUCAAUGGACAUAUUGACCAGUGUCUCAGCGAAUCUUCAAGAAAGCCAAACCAAAGCACUGAUCCCAACUCAGAGUUGGAUUUGGACUCAGAGAAUGACCAUAAAGAAUGUCAGGUGGCGGAAAAAUGGAGGGAGGAGUGUGAGGUUGAAGAGGAGAGGGUAAAGAACAGUGAAGAGUUGGAGCUGAAGAGAAUUGAUCCUCAAAACCAGCGCAGCUUGAAAAACGAUUCUCAUCAAAAGGUUGUGUCGAUCAAUGGUGAUGACAAAACCGUGACCUCGCAACAGCCUCAGUCAUGUAAUGGUAGAGGCCCUGUCCUUAUCUGUCCAGUAUGUCAGCUGACACAGGACACUGAUGACCUCGCUAUCUUCAACCACCACGUUGACCUCUGCCUGAACCAGGAGGUCCUACAUGAGCUGGGGGGACAGACAUCAUGUCCUAUAAAUCCACUUUCAGUUACAAACGGCAAGGCCAUAGACAGAGGCCAGCUACUGCUAAGGCAAGGCAGUAAGGGCAAAAGCAAAAGACAGAACUCACCAUCCUCUCCUCCUUCAAAGAGGGCGAAAGGCAUCGCCCCUCACAACACCAUCGACAAGUUCUUCAGGUGACAGUCAUGCACACAUCUUCAUCUGCAGGAAAUGAAGUACAGGUCUCCCCAGUCCCUCUAACUGCCUUCACAAUCAUUGCACACAAAGCCAUAUUCAAAUUUUCUCUUUAAAAAGCUCUAUUUGGAAUUAAGAUUGCUGCUGUAAGAAACUAAUAUGUUUUUUAUUUGUUUUUAAUAAGCCAUACAUGAAAUGAAAGAUGACAAACACAAAUGCAUUGUUUUAAUUCUGGCAAAUUAAUAGAGAUUUCUGAUCGCCUUGUUGUCAGUCAGUGCCAGUUACAUGUUAAUUGCCUAUUGAAGAUAAACCAAGUGUUUUUAUUAGGCUAAAUGGAGCAUUAGGGUAUUUAUUAAAUCCUAGUUUCUAGUGUUUUUUUUCUCUUAUUUAUCUUCUAGUUAUUUUGUUCAGAUAUGUUAACCUGUACUGUUGCUUUACAAUGAUAAUAUUGUGUGCUUUAUAUAUAAUGAAGAUAAGAGAAUCCUUCUAUCAUGUGAAUCAAAGUUGCAAUAAAUUAAUAUUUUCUUAUUUCA